AUGCCGCGUGGCGAGCCUUUGUUCAUGAGCGUAUAUGGCAUCAAUGGCCUAGUUGUUAACGAGUCCCAUCUAACACCCGAUGGACGGGAUGUCGAGACUUUUAGCAAGGAAGAAAACUCUUGGACUUACACGUCUCUUGCAUCUGCCAUCAACAUUGGAAUCAAAAUGCUCGAGACGCCCGAAGGGAAGCGUUGCCUUCUUCAACUCGGCAGAGCCGUGAUCCAACAAUGGGUUAGAAGCAAGACCCAUCGAUUCGGUGGGAAUCCUAAUCACAUGGCGGUGUAUGUCGACCAUUUCCUCUCGGCAUUGAGGCAGGGUUUCCCACAAGUUACUGUCAUUCACUUGGGAGGGCCUGAUAUCUUGGCCUGUACAAGACGCAUGACUCCUAGGCCUGGCUUUACCUGGGACGGAAACCUCCAUGCAUAUAGGCCCAACAAAGCUGUAGGAUUAUAUUUCAACAUGUCGCGAGUUGCUGAUAUGGUUGGAGCUGCUUCCGUCAUGUGGCAGAAGAGCACGACGGCUGCGCCAUCGGCAGACAAGCGACAAGCCCGUGAGAUUUUAACUCAGAUGACACAGAAGUACAAGGAGUUCCAAUUUAUAUUUGCAUCUGCCACUACCCAUGAGCUUUGUCAUGCGUUUGUAGGGUAUCUAGCUCAAAACUCUCAAGACGCUUCGAGCUACACUCCCCCAAAUGUCAACCAUCUAGAUUACGGAAGCGGCCAAGUGGAUUCUUCCUUCGUUCAGAAAGGAGAAUCAGGAAGAUAUAUGGAAAAACUUCUCUUUGGCGGAGCUCUCGAGUUUUAUCGCGAUCCUCGAGAGGGUCACAACCAGGUGGGCAUACCACAUAUUCUCGAUCAGAAUGCUGUCGCUUUUCGGGUUGAUCCCAAAUUCAUGAGUUCAAUGGUGGAGAGCUCUUCAAACUUUCGUUUCCCUUUUCCCAAGCUUGGCUCUGGCAUCUCCGAGAAAGAUCGUGUGCGACAAGGGGUACAGAGCUUAGGAAGCACCAAAAGCGGCGGCCCCUUGCCAUCUGGUCUUAUGUAUAUGCGUUCUCGCCAAGUUGGACCAGUGCUAAAGUACAACAUCACCCAGGAAGAACUGAGUAAAAUCCCAGUAAAUCCUCGACCACUUCGUGCUCAAAGGGUGGCUACUAUGUAG